AUGGGCGAUGUUCCUUCAGGCAAGGUCAACUCAUCUCGGGGGGCAGAAGGGACCCUGGCGCAAGAGCCAGAUGCCUCGAAGCCAACCCCAGGAUCUGGUACCGAGAGUACCGGUCCACCCCUGAGACCAGUGCAGGCCAACCAAUAUUCCAGCCCUGGCUAUAUGGGACAUGGGAGAUAUGAGCCCUCAUCCAUGAGUAUGAAUCAUAUGGCUUUUUCACUUCCAAAUCCCCAGUCGCAACCGUCGCCGUUUGAACCACAUCUUACGAAUCAGUUCCCUCCCGCCCCCGCCCAAGGCAUGAUUUAUCCAAUGCAGUCAAUGAGCCCGUAUCCUGGACAGACUCCAGGAGGAGUACCAUAUGGCAUUCCCUUCAAUCCGGCUUACCCGCCAUAUGGCCUAGGUCAACACCCAGGAACGGCACCACACGGUGCCGGUCACUACCCGUCAUAUGUCGCGACCCCAUCGUUGCAACCCAUGGGCACUGGACAGGCCCCUAUAUAUGGGAGUGGUUAUUACGCUCACCCUUAUGCAGCACCAUAUGGACAUAGCACACCUCCCGUAACCGGCCCAACACAGCCACGACCCCAAACUCGCCAGGGCCCUCGAGGACCAUUACCUACCAACACCCCGAAGGAAGACAGACGACUCUCUGAAUUGGAUUAUGAUGUUUCGAAGACCAUCGUAGACGGUUCGAAUCCUUCCAGGCUAGCACAGGCUCCAUUACUUGCCGGUAUAUCCAGUUUCUCUCACCAACUCCGUGUCGACCUCCAGUACCCCCGGGGGCCACCCCGCAAGCCCAAACAGUCUGGCAAUGCUCUUUGGGUCGGAAAUCUCCCACCCGGAGCCAACGUGAUAGAUCUCAAGGAUCACUUCUCCCAGGAUGCGACCAGCGACAUCGAGAGUGUGUUUCUUAUCUCCAAGAGUAACUGUGCAUUUGUGAACUACAAAUCAGCAAUCGCCUGUGCCGCCGCUUUGGGGAGAUUUCACGACUCUCGCUUUCAAGGGGUUCGUCUUGUCUGUCGACUUCGUAAAGGCUUCACGGUCCCCGGGUCGGGGUCUACGGGCCAGGCCACUCGGCGAUCCGAGGAGAAUACCGACACCCCAGAUGAGGAUGCUCUGGGUGCCACCGAGUUCCGCCCUAUUCCGCCCCUGGAAGAUGGGUCCCGUUCAUCGGAUCGGUAUUUUAUUGUGAAGAGUUUGACCGUGGAGGAUCUCGAAUUGAGCAAACAAAGUGGUAUCUGGGCCACCCAGAGUCACAAUGAAACCAAUCUCAAUCAAGCCUUCAAGACCACGGAGCACGUAUACCUGAUUUUCUCGGCCAACAAAUCUGGUGAGUACUUUGGAUAUGCUCGCAUGCUUUCCCCGAUCAGUGACGACGAAGAACUGGCGUUGGAGAUGCCUGCUCGACCGGAACCUGCCCCGAGCAAUACGGAGGAAUUGGAGGUAACGCCGACCUUGGCCACCUCUACGGCUCCAAAGGGUCGGAUCAUUGAUGACUCGGCCCGAGGUACGAUUUUCUGGGAGGUGGAAUCACUGGAGGAUGAACAGGACGAUGCCCGGAGUGAGAAGAGCGAGGCUCCGAUGGAGGAGCUCGAGACAGAUGGCCAGACCUUUGGCAAGCCCUUCCGCAUCCAAUGGCUCUCUACUGGACGAGUGCCAUUCCACCGGACUCGUGGGCUCCGCAAUCCGUGGAAUGCCAACCGUGAGGUUAAGAUUGCCCGUGACGGGACCGAAAUCGAACCGACGGUCGGCCGAAAACUGCUUCAGCUGUUCCACCAAACCUGA